AUGGCCCGCGGUAACCAACGCGACAAGGCCCGCGAGGCCAACCAGAAGAAAAUGGCCGCCCAGAAAAAGGGCAACUCCAUGAGCGGCACCGAGAUGCAACGCGCCAAGGAAUCGGCCGCUGAUAUCAUGCGCCAGAAGCAGGCUGCCGGUACGCCAACCCUCCCGGCCGUCCCGCCUCUGCUCGUCCCGGCCGUGCGCAUGCUGACCGGAUUCUCUCGCAGCCGAGGCCAAGAAGGCCGAGGCGGCCAAGAAAUAAUCUCAGUCACCCUCCGAUGGAUACCUCUUCGCUGCAAGUCGAACCACCGUGGCGACGAUGGAACCGAAUAUGACCCCAUCUACUCGUGCUAUGGGGGACUCGAAUCUUGGAUAUUUCGAUCAGACGAACCGCGUCAUUGCCUGCUUGUUGGCUCAGCAGCAUACCAUAGGCGAAUGAACAUGUUCUCUUCUUGCCGCUCAAUCGUCGCCUACCCUGAACAGCCGUGA